AUGUUAAAAAAAGAUGAUCUACCAACUGUUCAAAUAUGGAAUUCUAAUCCAUUACCCAAACCGUAUUCAAGCUCAUUCCUAUCAUUUAAUACCCAAUAUCUUCAAAAUAAGCCCAAUGGUUUACACAUUUUAAAAAAUAAUAAUAAUAAUAUAUUAAAAAUCAUUAAAGAUACUGAAAAUAAAUACAAAGCAAAGAAUAAUAAUCAAUGUAUUCAUUUCAUUUCAGAAAAAGAUUAUUUUGAUAAUGGCUUGAUUGAUGUAAUGAUUGAUAAUAAUAAUAAUAAUAAUAAUAAUAAUAACAAUAUAUUUUUUAUAGAUGAAGAAAGAACAAAUACACAAUGUAGUGAAUGUUUAUCAGGAACUUUGGAAGAUAUUAAAUCAUUUGAUCCAUUGAAAGGGUAUAAAGAAUAUGGUUAUGGUUUAGAUAGUAUUCAAAGUUUAUCGAAAAUUAGUGAUGAUGAUAUUAAUAAUUUAUCACAAUGUAAAGAAUGUAAUAUUUUAAUUGAUAAAAAUGUUAAUCAAAUUGUUAAUUUUCAAAGAAAAGCUUAUUCAAUUUUGGUUACAGGAAAAUCUCCAAAAUAUUUAAAGGAAUCUUUAAGAAUUUCAAGCUUUAUAUUUAAAUGUUCAGAUAAAUUCUUUCAUUUCCUAUUUCGUAUCAUUUACUAUUUCAUAUUGGUGAUUAUUGAUUCAUUUAUGAGUGUAAUAAAAUUUUUUGUAAAAUAA